ACAGAGUCUUGCUUUUAAUUCCUCUGUCUCACGUAGUCCUUCUUAAACUAAUUCCGAACAGUAUCUUCUCCAAUUCAGGUUUGAAACAAGAACAAAUGAUUUUCACUUCAUAUUUCAACUGGGGAACAACUGUUCAGGCUUUUGACUCUGAACCAACGUUGUUUCAACAGAAGCAAGAAGAAGCACAAGAAGCCAGCGAGCUUCUGGAUUACUGCGGCAGCAGCUUUCUUGAACCUUAUUUUGAGCAGGAUAAUAUCGUAUACCCCGAAGCCUAUACUCAUCUCCUUCCAAACUUCUCUUCUCCCUACCAAUCACUGGAUACUUUCCCGUAUGAAGAUUUUGGUUCCUUGCCAUUUCCAAAACGGCAGAGAUGCCAGCAAGAGCACUGCUACUACGAUUUUACGCCUACUUUCUUUGGUGGGUAUGCUCCCAACUCUUGCAUCCGGCCUGAACUUGCACAGACGACGACUACUCCUCAUGUUAUUAGUAGUAGUGGGAAUGAUGAGAAUGGGAAGAAGAUGAAUGAGAGAAGUGUGUCAGCGCAGAGCAUUGCAGCGAGGGAAAGGAGGAGGAAGAUAACGGAGAAGACGCAAGAGCUGGGGAAGCUUAUUCCUGGGGGGAAUAAGAUGAACACAGCUGAGAUGCUUCAAGCUGCUUCCAAAUAUGUCAAGUAUUUGCAAGCUCAAGUUGGGAUACUCCAACAUAUGGAAAAUGAGAAGGGAGGUCAGCAUGUUGAAGAGAUGCAAAUAAUUACAUCUUUAACAAUCCAAGAGAAGCUUUCCUUGGAGGAGAAGUGUUUGGUUCCAAGAGAGUUUGUCACUGCACUCAAAGAACGUUCAAAACCUCCAAUCUCUCAGGAACUCAGUCGACUCUUGGCAUUGCAGGGUUGAUCAAAGCACAAUCUAGCUGUCUUUAACUUGGGUUUUCCCUUUUUUUUCUUUUUUUCUUUUUUUCUUUGCAGUCUCCUAUUCUAUUUUUUCCCCCUUUUAUCUUGCUUUUCCUUUCGUUCUAACAAAGUAGGCAGAGAAUAGAAUCAGGAGAUAUGU